GUGACCAGGCUUUUUGAGGUGCACGGACUUUGGCACCGGGUCGGGAGUGAUGGCGGCGUCUGCACCCUCCUCCUCUGACGGAGAACCGGAUCCCAACUCGACAGAUUUACGACCACCGGGCACAAGCUAUGAUGCCUGGUGUGGAGUUGCCCAUGGAUGUACUAGGAAAUUGGGAAUGAAGAUAUGUGGGUUUUUGCAGAAGAACAACAGUUUGGAGGAGAGGAGCCGGUUUGUGAGCUCCUUCAAGGAGCGAGCAGCCAGGAACCUGCUGCCCUGCGAUAACACCGGAGGAGGAGGAGGAGGAGAAGAUGGGCAUUACAGACGCACAGAGACCGACUUCUCCAACCUGUUCGCCAGAGAUCUGCUGCCCGCCAAAAAUGGAGAAGAGCCGACAAUGCAGUUCUUACUGGAGGUUGUGGAAAUCCUCACCAACUACGUGCGGAAGACCUUUGACCGAUCCACCAAGGUCCUGGACUUCCACCACCCCCACCAGUUGCUCGAGGGCAUGGAGGGCUUCAACCUGGAGCUCUCCGACCAGCCCGAGUCUCUGGAGCAGAUCCUGGUGGACUGCAGGGACACCUUGAAGUAUGGAGUGAGAACAGGUCACCCCAGGUUCUUUAACCAGCUGUCCACUGGAUUAGACAUUGUUGGGUUGGCAGGAGAGUGGCUUACCUCUACAGCCAACACUAACAUGUUCACCUAUGAGAUUGCCCCUGUCUUCGUGCUCAUGGAGCAGCUGACACUGAAAAAGAUGAGAGAGAUGAUCGGCUGGCCUGAUGGAGAGGGCGAUGGGAUAUUUUCUCCAGGAGGAGCAAUCUCUAACAUGUACAGUGUGAUGAUUGCCAGAUACAAGUUCUUCCCUGAAGUUAAGACCAAAGGCAUGGCAGCUGCACCCAGACUGGUCCUCUUCACCUCAGAGCAUAGCCACUAUUCCAUCAAGAAAGCCAGUGCAGCUCUGGGCUUCGGGACUGAGAACCUGAUCCUUUUGAACACCGAUAAGAGAGGGAGAGUCAUUCCUGCUGAUUUGGAAGCCAAAGUAAUAGAGGCCAAGCAAAAGGGGUACGUUCCGAUGUUUGUGAACGCCACCGCUGGUACCACCGUCUAUGGAGCCUUUGAUCCCAUCAAUGAAAUUGCAGACAUCUGUGAAAAGUACAACAUGUGGCUUCAUGUGGACGGCGCAUGGGGAGGAGGCUUGCUGAUGUCCAGGAAGCACAGACACAAGCUGAAUGGAGUGGAGAGGGCCAACUCAGUCACCUGGAACCCUCACAAAAUGAUGGGAGUGCCGCUGCAGUGCUCUGCCGUUCUGGUCAGAGAGUGGGGAUUAUUACAAGGCUGCAACUCCAUGUGCGCUGGUUACCUCUUCCAGACAGAUAAGCAGUAUGAUGUCACAUACGACACGGGGGACAAGGCCAUUCAGUGUGGACGUCAUGUCGAUAUCUUCAAGUUCUGGCUCAUGUGGAAGGCAAAGGGAACAGUAGGAUUCGAACAGCAUAUUGACAAAUGCCUGGAUCUGUCAGCGCACCUCUACAAUAAAGUAAAAAACAGAGAGGGCUUCGAGAUGGUAUUCGACGGAGAGCCGCAGCACACUAAUGUGUGUUUCUGGUAUAUUCCACCGAGUGUGCGCGGCUUGCCUGAUGGAGACGAGAGGCGGGAGAGGUUACACAAGGUGGCUCCAAAGAUCAAGGCCUUGAUGAUGGAGUCUGGGACUACGAUGGUGGGCUACCAGCCGCAAGGAAACAAGGUCAACUUCUUCCGCAUGGUCAUCUCAAACCCGGCUGCUACCAGGUCAGACAUCGACUUCCUGAUCGAAGAGAUUGAGCGACUGGGGCACGACUUGUAA